AUGCUCUACUCCAAUUCAAGACCAACUUUUCCCUUGAUCGCCAAACUUCCAUAUUUUGUUCUGAUGCUGGAAUCAAAACCUAUGCAAAGACAAAGUCUUGGAAGAAAGGAACAGAUUGCUGCAAAUAGGAUGUUAUUCAAUGUGAAAAUGGAACAGGAAAUAUCCAAGAUUUUGCCAGAGUAUGUUUCACUGGUAAGCCUGACACAUCUUAACUUCACUGUCUCUCGUCUAGAUGGCCAAGUCCCAUUGCAGUUCUCUCGUUUUUCUCGGUUGGUUUCGCUUGAUCUCAGUAUCAGUAGUGGUGUAACUUUAGAAAAUUCUGUGUUGAAAUCUCUCAUUCAAAAUCUGACCCAGUUGAGAGAUUUAGCUCUAAGCCAUAUUUAUCUGGCCUCCAUUGAUCCAAGGAAAUUGCCUAAUUCAAUAGGCAAUCUGAAGUCACUGCAGUAUUUGGAUGUUUCAGGCUGCAAAUUCAGUGGGUCAAUUCCAGCAUCCAUAGGUAACCUUAAAGAUAUGUGGUAUUUAAGCCUUUUCCGUAAUGAUUUCAGAGGUCGAGUCCCACAUUCAAUCUCAAACCUUGGCCAGCUUAAACUCUUAGCUCUCUCUGAAAAUCGUCUGGUUGGGAAAAUUCCAAACAUUUUUGGUAAGCUGACAAAGCUUAUUGCUUUAACACUUGGCGUGAAUCAUUUCACUGGUACAAUCCCAUCUUCCAUUUGCCAAAUCAGUAAGCUUCAGCUCCUUGAUUUGUCUAGUACCUUGAGUGGUACAAUUCCACCAUGCUUGGGAAAGUUGACAUCACUUGAAUCCUUUGAUGUCUCAAAUAACCAUCUUGUGGGACCUAUACCAUCUGCUAAAUUAAGAAAGUUCCACAAUGAAUCAUUUGAAGGAAACCCAGGAUUAUGUGGAUGUCCACUCUCGAAAAAAUGUAACAAGGAAUGA